UUCGGUUUACUCAUAUAAGUAGUAUCGAAAUAACGAUUUGAGUGAACUCAUUUAAGUAGGUAUCGAUACUUUGAUGGUAUCGGAAUGUCCCUAAUGGCGAAAUGCUUUGAGCGAUUCUGUAAAUGUUCCGGACUGACAUGAACUGAUCGAGCGUGUUUUUUAUUUUUAUUUGACCAAAUUUUUGCCAAAACUCAGUAAUUGUAAAGACAAAAACACGGAAAACAAUUAGAGCGUUCCAGCACGUCUAAGAUUUGCAGGUUUUGCAGGAUUUAGUCCAAAGUCGUUUCCGUACGCCAAAAAUUCUGUAUCUGGGAACACUCUUGUGAGAGUAACUGAGCAACUGUUCCCAGAAUGAAGUUUAAAGAUUUACAGCCUAAUCAUGUAUCUCGAAGCGAACGUUCGUUUCGUCUGCUAGACGUUUCGUUCGUGUGUUGGUAGUAUGUAAGUCCAAAUCGUCUGGCGGCACGAAAACAGCUGAUCGUUACGUAGUUUUCGUCUAGUUUGGAAUUUUUUAAGGCGAAUAGAAGACGAAAGUGAGACAACAAUCGUUGAAAACAGACGAAAGGUUAUUAGUGAUCGUUCAGAUGGAGGGUUCUGCCAGGAAAACGCUGAAAAAAACUACAACCACUCAAUUUGAAGUACUGGUAAAAGAAAUGGAGAGAAAUCCUGACCUGGCCAGAGGUGUUGCAGUGUUUGGAUCUGAUCGAGGAAGGGUAGAGGAGCGGUGGGAGGAAAUUAUAAGGAAAAUUAAUUCUCAUGGUCCACCUACAAGAACGGCCGUCGAAUGGAAGAAAAUAUGGGCUGACUUGAAAAGCCGGACAAAAAAGAAGAUUGCCGAAAACACACGAAGACUUACUGCUGCCGGUGGUGGCCCAUUCCGUCACUCUCCGCUUUCCGAAAUGGAGCAGGCCAUAGACAGCCUGGUUUUUAUUUCAAGGUCAGCAGCCCCGAGCGGCAGAGUUUUCGGCAUUCCUUCGACGGCGACCUCUAACAUGUCAAGACAUUCGUCGUUGGAGGAAAUGCCUCCUUUACUUGUGACUGAAUCGCCAACACUUGACCAACGAAAGCAACAAACAACCACCCUUAAAUCUCCUAUAAGGCACAACCAACCACUACCAGUGGGAGUAGUGACUCCCACUACACAGACAACCCGUCCUACACCAACGCACACGUUACGUUCUACUAAUAGGAAGUGUACCUUCCAAGAGACAAUGGCUGAAUCUGCCAAAGUCCAAGCAGAAGCCGCUAAAGUGCAGGCUGAGGCUGCAAAAAAUGGCAGAGGCAUCAAUGCUGCAGGUGGAUGCCACAAACAAAUUAACUGCUGCAGUGGAACGCGAAUCUGCAAUUUUUGGAGUACUUCCGGAAUUAAUUUUCAUACCACUAUUGUGAGAGUAAUGAAGUGAAAUUUUAUUUUUUUUUUUGUAUA